CCGGUGCUCCUCCUCCUCCUCCUCCUCCACAGACCUCUCUCUGUCAGUACCGGCUGCUGGUUGCUGGAUAGUGGUGUUUGUUACGCAACGUGCCGCGGUGUCUCUUCUCCUCUCAGCCGGUCACAAUGGCAGCGAUAAGGACUCUCAGGAAACUGUGCCAACACACCCAGCAGCAAGUCUGUAAACUGCACACCUCUGCCUCCAGACAGGAGGCUGUGGUCAUCUCAGGAAGGAAACUAGCACGGCAGAUUCGAGAGGAGGCCCGGGGCGACGUGGAGAAAUGGGUUUCAGCCGGCCACAGGAGACCCCACCUGAGUGUGGUUCUGGUGGGAGAAAACCCAGCCAGUCACUCCUACGUCCUGAAUAAGACACGAGCUGCAUCUGAUGUCGGGAUCUCUAGUGAGACAAUUCUCAAGCAUUCAGACAUCAGUGAGGAGGAGUUGUUGGACCUGAUCUACAAACUCAACGCAGACCAUCGUGUGGACGGCCUGUUGGUCCAGCUGCCUCUCCCAGAUCACAUCGAUGAGCGCGCCGUCUGUAACGCCGUUUCCCCCUCCAAGGAUGUGGACGGCUUCCACGUAGUUAACGUGGGUCGCUUGUGCCUGGAUCAGUCCACCAUGCUCCCGGCCACUCCAUGGGGAGUCAUGGAAAUGAUUAAACGCACAGGUAUUCCUACUAUUGGGAAGAAUGUCGUGGUUGCAGGACGCUCCAAGAAUGUGGGCAUGCCCAUCGCCAUGUUACUGCAUACAGACGGCCGUCACGAGAGGCCCGGAGGCGACGCCACGGUCACCAUUUCUCACCGUCACACGCCAAAGGAGCAACUUCGCCUACACACUAAAAUCGCUGAUAUCAUCGUGGCUGCUGCAGGGAUUCCAAACCUCAUUACGGCAGACAUGAUCAAAGAGGGAGCGGCGGUGAUUGACGUUGGAAUAAACCGAGUGCAGGAUCCAGUCACCGGAAAGAGCAGACUGGUUGGAGAUGUGGAUUUUGAAGGCGUGAGACAGAAGGCGGGCUUCAUCACCCCCGUACCCGGAGGUGUAGGACCCAUGACUGUGGCGAUGCUCAUGAAGAACACUAUCAAGGCAGCUAAGAACGUCCUGCUGUUCCCUCCAGAGAGGAUCCGCAUGGCGGCUGCGUCCUAAUGGGCCAAAGGAAAUCUCAGCAAGAGCGACACAUUCCACUCCCUCCAAACACCACCACCCCACUCCUUCCUUUUUUACUUGGGGCAACCCCGACCAGCUCCCCUUGCACACGGACUGGAAAGAUGAUAGCUUUAAGGCUCUCCUCCCGCUGACAUCUUUAAUAUUCUCUAAGUUCAAGUUCAGCCACAUUCAGACUGUUACAGUCACUCUUACAGCUGCGGCUUUUAUGUAACAGGGUUUCCAGUAUUUAUCGUUUGCAAUGUAUUUCUUUGGGAUUUUAAGGAAUCUUGAGGUGAUUUUAUUUAUUACUACAUUGACAUAAUAUUUAAACAUGAAUGGAGGCAGGUUACGGUAUUAACUCUAAGCUGGUACGCAGUUAAAGAUGAGCAUUUGUCUGUUGUGCUUCUUUCAAUUAGUUUAGCCUUAUGUACCAAAAGUGAUAAGGGCUAACUUCAUCAGGAACAUGUAUGUUUAUCAGAAUAAAAGCUUUAAAGAUUCACAAUUGCCUUUGUAAAAACUUUGAAAUAAAUAUUGUAAAAAUAUGUUCUCACGUU